CUGGUUCUCAGCUGCGACUAGUGAUUGUUGGCACACGGUGCCUUUGCCCCUUUCUACACUUGUCGCUUCGCAACUGGGACUCAAAAUCGUGCCCCACUACCAGAUCCCACACAGUGCAUUGCAGUUGGUCUGCUAUAGUCAAGACACACUCAACUUAUCGCGAGAGAGUCAUUUUGGCGCCAAGUGAUGCAGCCUCUUGGAGGGGUAAGAUGAGCCAAUAGUCGGAACAGCUCUGCUCUUUCUAAGUGAGACGGCAGCGAAACGACGAGUGGGGCAAGCGAGCAGCAACGGAUUUCCAGCGAAAAGAGUGGAGAAGGCUUGGCUCCCUCUCUGCUUGGCAGUGGCAAGCGUACAGGGGCAUCGCUAAGCAUCAACCUCCGCUAUCCAAGCGCCGCUGCGUAGUCCUAUGCCUGUGCUGUUUCUGUUCCUGCUCUUUGCGGGUACAGUCGUUGCUAGGGCAACGUGCCCCUUCGCCCCGGAUCACCUCGCGCAGACUAAAGGAGCGAAAGGUUACCACCCAAUCCGGGUUCUCUUCCUUCAUCGUCCACCACAGCAAACAUAGCAGGAGGCUAAGCAACUGUACAACUAGGCUAAGCGGUCUUUGUUGUAACUGCAACGCAAGAAUCAACUUCAGUCCCGGUAGAUUUCACUUGCGUCCAGUGACCCAACGAAGCCUGACCAACCGUCAGAGUGUUAUUGUAUUUAUAUAUAUCGGCGCGGUGUUCUGUGACGUCCGACUGGCUAGUGUGUGAUGCAGUGUGUCAUAUAGUGGCGUAUCAGUAAUGAUGCAAUGAUGAGUGCGGGAUAGAGUAGAAGUGGACGAUUUUCCACUAGUAAUAGAGACAUCGACCUGGCUAGCAUCCACCAAGCCAGAGUAAGGCGCAAAGCUAGAGGAGUCCUCUACGUCACCCAGAGACACUAAGAGCGCAACGGGUGCCGCUGAGGAUAAAUUGUUUCCUUACAACGUUGGGCCUAGGGCCUAAAGACUUUGUUACUAAAUGUGUUAGGGGCUCCAGAGCACAGUACUAGGAAGGUGCGAUUUACAAGGUAUAUUUCCUGUAAACUGGUGUGCGUGUGUGGGUGCGUGUGUGUGUGUGUGUGUGUGCGCGCGCGCGCGCGUACGGGUGUGUGUUUGAUGGCCGUGAAUCUUAAGCACAACUAGAAUCGAGUGAAGUGUGGAAGAACUUGGCGAAGAAGGGACUUACGACAUAGCCUAAGAAGAUACCGCACAGAACAGUACAGUGGAUAACCAACCUCACAGAUAAACCGCACAGGGUAUCUUCUCUAGCCAUGGGGACUGUGAUGAGUGUUGCACCAAAAGACGCACGGCUCGGUAAGCCGCGGGAGAGUCUUACUUCAGGCAUAGGAUCGAUGUAUGCCUACGAACAGCUGAAAAACGCGAAGAACGUUCCCACAAAGGCCUUCGCUCAAAACACCAAAAUUAUGGGGCCCAACACGAAGGCUGCGCUCCAGCCUGCCAAUGGCCAGCUGAAGAAGCCAAUCUUUGUAAAUUCACUUAGCUGGAAAAGCUUUGGGCUGCCAAAGAAGCACAAGACACAGCAGGAAAAUAAAAACCCACAGGCGCCGCGAACCGUGAUCACGCAAGAUACUGUUGCUCAGGUGUUUCGACCGCCCAGUGCAGAAAAUCUUGGCCUGGGCCUCGGCCGGUCGAGCCGCGCUGAAAACAACAACAAGGAUAACACAAUUGAUAGCUGUCGAAAAGAUGACAAAGAUUUCCUCACGCCAGACUCAGGUAUUGGCAGUCAAACCAGCAGUUACCCGAAAACUGGCGGUGACUCUCGGCAGGACCACUACCUCGAUAACGCUUUUGGUGAGAAUCUGCAACAUUAUCGCGAGCUGAAACCACAAGAUAAGCGAUGGACAGAUUUUGGUGCGCGAACCUCGGGUGUCGCCGCUUUCCCUGGCUUCCAAGCAAAGCGGGCCGAUCUAGAGCGUACAGAUCGGGCACCCCCUUUACCUCCCAAGCCGACACAAGCGGUAAAGCAGCUGAUCCCGUCUCCGAAGCCGCUACGACAGCAGCAGCAGUCAGGAAAGACGGUCAUACAGGCGUCAACGUCGGAACUCCUACGAUGCCUUGGCGAAUUUCUGGUUAAGACCUGCAAUCGGCUAAAAGACUUUCAGGGAGGCGAUGCGGUGCUUUGGCUGCGUUCGGUAGAUCGCUCUUUACUGCUUCAGGGCUGGCAAGAUAUCGCGUUCAUAAAUCCCGCUAACGUCGUGUUCCUGUAUAUGCUACUCAGAGAGCUUAUCGUUGACGAGCACUCAGUGACAUCAGAACGUGAACUUCAAGGACUUGUUCUCACUUGCCUUUAUUUAUCCUACUCAUAUAUGGGAAACGAGAUCUCAUACCCAUUGAAACCGUUUCUGAUCGAAGGCGAGAAUCGAGACCACUUCUGGGAUCGGUGUCUCUACAUCAUUAAUAAGCUAUCGUCCAAGAUGCUCAAGAUCAACUCGGAACCAUCGUAUUUCACCCAGGUGUUUACCGAACUAAAGAAUCAUCACCAGCCAAAUGCCGCCGUUAAUUAAAAUCAAGUUGUGUCAUUUUCCUUGACAAAUCACAGUGAUUAAAAUUCAUCUGUAACAACUGAAAUCCAUCUCAUGAAUGAAAUGAUGCAGAGUAAAUAUAUAUCGAUGGCAAAAGAAAAAAAGAGGACAAAAAGAUACCGCAUGAAGUUAUUACAUAACUAUAAGGGAGAUCGACACCUUGGUAAGCCUACGUCACAGCCGACUAAGCGAAUCAAGGCAUCAGACAAGCUUGUUUAUGUAUUGAGGUCGAGAGCGAUCUAAAAAAGACAGGAACCAUAGACGACAGACUGGUGAUUACUACAGUCUGGUUAAUGCGAGUCAUUAGAAAUUGAAGAAAACGCGAAGACGGUAACGCUGCUAAUGGUUAUGAUGGUGAUUAUAAAUGAAGAUAAAAAUGAAGAAAUGCAAGUGCCAGUGGAAUGUAUUCUAUACUGUACUAGAUACUUACUAGUCCGCGAUGUUGUCGCUAGUUAAAAACAAAGCCAAUGGUUCCCAGCAGCUUCUAGGCUUUAGACUGUUCUUACCUAUAGUGGUGUUGCAUGCUAGCUGGGAGCCUUUAAGGUUUUCUGUGAUCCGCUCGCACGCCCUUUGGCGGGGUGGGCACGCAUCAUUUUGAAAAUAACUCUUUUUAAUAUUACUACCAAUUCUAAAUACGACAUUGAAAAGAAAAAAGGACAGAACUUUGAAUAUCCACCUAAAACCUCUCAUUUCCCAUCUCAAAUGUACAUCAGGUCAUCAAGAAAAAACCAAGCCCACGAUAUUUAAAGCUGCUGCUAUUAGUACAACAUUCACCGUCUGCUCGGGAUGAAGCAACAGGAGACUACCGAGUGUUGACUUUGUACCAAAUAGAAGCCAAUUCUCAUCAAUUCAAUCAACAACAACUCCCUACCCAAAGUCAGCUCUUACCCGUUUGAUAGCAGAAAAGCAAACAAAAACCUAUUUUCCACAAAACCUGCAACAUCAAAAACCAAACUAAAAACAUCUGUGAAAGCAGGGAAUCACCUCCAUAGCUGAACUGAUCAAAAACAAUACAACUACCACUAGUAUUGCUAUUUUACUAUUAUUACUAUUAGUAGUACGACAAAAGCGUACGAGGUUUUUUCUUACAAUCAUUUGUCUGUGUGUAUAUAUGCGAUAUCUCUGCUUAACAACUAUAUAUGUAUAUUGUAUGAGUUGACAUCGCAGUUGUUGACAGUGCCGACGCCAACAAUGUCAAAACUUUGGAACAGCAACAUGAGCUGAGCUCCAACAUGUCUAAGUAGCGCGAUGCGCAUGGAUCCUAUUGUGUUUGCUGCGUUGAAUAUUGUAUAAUCGUGAUCUUCAGUACGGGGGGCAAGCGGGCGGGCAGGCAGGCAGGCAGGCAAAUUCGGUACCGUGAUCGUAAGGUGAGCGGCUGAAAAAAUCCUUUAGCCGCGCACGGUUCAAUGGUUACCAUUGGUUUCUUUUUGUUUUGCCUAAUGACGAAAAACUAACAUCGGCGGCAACAUAAACUUCUAGGAAACAUCGCAUAUAGAAUGUUUGGGGCUUUUCGUUUGUAGACGUUAGCAUGCAGAUCUCCAGUGUUGUGCCAGGGUUCCCAUUUUGAUUGUGUAUUCGUAUCGAUAUGCUGUAUGAAUAUGUAUAAUUGAUUUAUGUUCUUUUUGUUGCUUAGAUACCUGUAAUUAUACGACAGUAGCGCUGAAAAAGCUGAGGCGGUCGUUGGCAUGAUUGGGCCGUCCGUGUAUAUAGGACAAAGAAUUAUUAUUAGUAGUAGUGGUAUCUGUACGGAUAUAGAGAAACGCUAUGGAAAGUAUAUAACAAAACAACAUUCUGUUUUGCCUUGCUUGAUUAUUUGGCAAUCUCGUCAGCGGAACGGAAGCAGAAGAGGAACUUUGUUAAUACACGGAAAAAAUUUCAUACCAAUACACACAUACCUACUCAAUAUAAUGAUUAUGGUGAUAACAAUAUAGGGCGACGAUACGUUGACAAGAAGUGCAAUGACAUUCCUGCAUAAGGACACAGUGCAUAGAUUACCAUUCAUAUUACACAUAGGGAAAUAGCAUAUGUCUGAAUGAUUGCUUCGUAGACGCACGCGGAAAAGCAAAUGGUUGAUAAGGGGAAAAGUAUAUAAGCGUGAGGAGAAAGAUUAUAAUUUUUUCAGUAGACACAUCAAUAUAUAUAUAUAUAUAUAUACACUAGUAAUAGGGCCCAUAUCGAAGUAUUGGGAUACAGUUUGAAUUCACCUAAUUCACCUAAGCCAGGUGACGGGUAUCGACAAUGUUAGGUGAUGAUCUCGGAUGAGACGACGGUGGCGGCAAACGCCGAAUCCGUUUCGUUGCAAGCCUCCUUGUCGGAUCAAAGAUCAAUGAGCCAUAUUAAUACGACACUCGUUGAAGUCGCUAAACGCGUCCGAUCCAAUGGCCUCCACUGUGGACCUAAUCGAAAUUUGCGAAAAGCACAGUUGAAUCAUAGGAUGGUUUCAUUAGUUUUGACUGCGACGUUGUCCGGUUGAAGUGCAACAUUCGCGAAUAUCUCACUCGUUUACCAAGCAAAUGAGGGUCAUUUAGGAACGACACAGUGUCAACAGUCGGCUUAACGAAGAAGGCCCUCACGGGCGGUGUGUGUCCCUUUGCAAUGUGCAAUAUAUUUAAGAGAUUUCGUAUCUCGAAGGCACUUAAGGUACUCACUAUACGGUGCGGUGGUCGCCUGCUGCCUGCUCUCACAAGGCAGAGGUUGACCUCGCAAAAUAUAAACAAACUUACGCAGAUUCACUCAAAUGGCACAGUCACAUCCAGAGGGAGUUCGAGAUGAUAUUGCCAGAGACACGAUUAAGUAGAGAGCGAGCCAGCCCUACGCAGUGCUAGGCUCGAUUAAUUCCCCAUCGACAGAAGCUUCUUGUUAAGGAGCAUUGGUUUCCAUUAGUAUUACGAUGGUCAGGUGAUAACUAUUAUGAACAAUAUUAUAAUAGUAAAAAUGAAUAUUAGUUCCAUCGCCUCAAAAGUGCAAUAUUUAAUCGUAGCACGCCAUUGCAAAUAUCGCAGAUAGCACACAUUCAUAUUUAGGCGCUACAACAUAGUCUAUUUACCCAUACCACAGGCAAAACGUCCUUCAACUCAGCAAAUCUGAAACCUGUGACAGAAUACCGUUAGCAUCUUCGAUUUUCCCCCAGUAACUUAAAUAGCCACGCCAGGCUUCGCUCACGGUACACGCGAAUGGUACUUAAGUUCAUCCCACCCAUCAAGAGUCAAUCGAAGACUAGCACGCGAGUUCAAGUGGCCAAAUACGACAACUUGUCAUAGCCGUCCUAUCUUACAAGAGGACGAUGCUAGCGAAAAUGAUAAGAAAGAACGAUGCGAUUGAUAAUAACAGUAACGAGAAUAAUAUAUACAUGAAUGGCGACGAUUUACGAGCGACGGAGAUUACAUUAUCCACAUCAUGGAAGCGCUCCCUCUGAUAGGUGCCGUCUAUAGUUAGGAAGAUGAGGAUGAUAAUGUUGCUAGUUAUUAUAUGAAUAAUAAUAGACCGAGGAACAAAACCACAAUAACGCCAUAUUUCUAUUUAGGGAUCUUCGGUGGUCCUCGGGGCUCUGGAAUCGCACCUUUUCUUUUUUUUUUUUUAUCUUCACCAAAAACUCACAUCAACCCCCUUGGAAACAAUAGGCACUAUCCAUCUACCGACCAAGUCAACAAACAAUCAUCUGUUCGCGAUAAUGUUAACGAUCGCAAACCAACCCAACAGCAGCGACAACAGCAUCAACAAACAUGAAAAAAAGGCAUUUAUCAUUUUUUGUAGAAUGGGAAAAAUACGGGAUGCGAGAGAAAACAACGAGCCAGAGGUACGGAAAAUCAAUUAGGGUCGACAAGUCAGAAGCCGGAGUGAAAAGCUGAAGAGCCGUGCCGAAAAACAAGUUUUGUGAUUUAUCUUAUUAGGUAUAUUCUAUUACAUUAUUGCAAGAGAGAAACAAAAAUGUAGGUUUUAACAAUUAUUCCAACAAGAUCAUUUAUAGCCAUAUGAAUUUUUGGCAAAUACAGAAAAAAAAAACUUGUGAAAGGCAAGCAACAGUCACUCUGAUGCACAUAAUUAGUUUUCAUCGCUGAUAAUAAAAAAUGUUGAAGCGUAGCAUCGCAAAAAGUUAGAAAUCUCAACAAUAACGCUUUGGAUAACAUUAACGCAUAGGAUAAACAUAACGAAAUUAUCAAUCGUUUCUUGAUUACUUCACCUAGGACAGCUUACAAUGAACGCAAAUAUAUAUAUAUAUAUAUAUAUAUAUAUAUACAGCAAAAACAGGGCAACUAUGAAUGAAAGCGACGAAACGCAACCACAAUCAUAACGACGAUAACAAAAUAGAGAUUUAUGUAACCUGGCGCAUGAAAAGAUCACCCUGUGACAAACCAGUAAAAAUUACCGGGCAAGGUCAGUCAUUGUAAACACUUUGCACCGAAAGGAAAACGCCGAUAAUUGCACACAAAUAAACAACCAAACAGGACAGAUAGAUAAAAAUUUUGUAUAAAUUCAAGCAUGCUAUAUAACAACAGCCAUAAUGACAAAAUUAUGCCACUAAUUUCAAUAAACUAAAAACUGAAAAUUAUAAACAAACAAAAAACUGACAUCGAUAAUAAUAACGAUGUGGAGAGCGAUCAUUAUGAACGCGAAAAUUGAUAAACAUUCUAUUCUACAUGUGGAUAUCAUUACAGUUCUUAUUAUUAUUAUUAUUAUUAUAUUAGAAAUUAUAAUGAGUAUUUGUUAUUAUAUCAACUAAUGACUUAGCUAAUAUGUAAAAAAAAAAAAACUAUUUAUCACGUGUCAUUCGGACGACGUAGCCUUGCGUAAACCUACGUCCUCGACCUACAUCUAUAGUUAAAAAGAAGAGAUCAGGAUAACAACAUUACAUAUAUAUAGUAACUAGAUGACAGUUAUGAAAAUGUUGAUUAUGACUAGGGCAGUGAUUUCAUUUCUACAAUGACUACGAGAAUGAUACCGAUAUAAAAAGUGACGAAACCAUUCCGGCACAAUUAUACUAUUUUUUAUGUGCGAUAACAAAGCACAUGUAUGAAAAAACAGCAUAAACAGUUACGACAUAUAGGCGCGCUACGAUUCUACAAAAAAGGGACUCUAUUUUGUAGACGAAAUAUAACGCUUUUUUCUGUCGUAGGCAACAAGAUAGAAUAACGAGAGCAUGAGAAAACGACAAAUAGACCCGUUGAUGAAAGACUAAGAGCGUGUCCCCGUAACGAUAAACGACGCAGGCGAAUGUUGUAUAGAACGAAAUAAACAAUGACAGGAAAACGAAGACGAUAUCACGUCAAGAGAACGAGAGCAAAAUAUUACCAUCUGUGAAACGUCAUACUAUGGAAGGUAGCGAGACAACGAGCAAAAGAAACAGAACAAUACAGCCGGGGCACUCGCAGAAAGACUCUGAUUCCUUUAUUAACAGGAAAUACUCAACGGGCCAAUACUAGCAGUAAUGUUCCCGAUACGCUAGCAAUCAUUCAAUGGUCUUUUACCUUACGAGGGUAACAGGUAUGACAUUAAUCUCCGAUAAACCCAUUAUAAGACAACAGUUCGUAAACGGAUGGCGCGACUAGAUGUGUGCAUAAUGAAAGUGUUCGGCCAUAUCUCCACUCGGCCUACCUUCAUUUCCUAGCAGAUGUCUGGAAAACAGUGCAAAUGCGGCCAAAAUAAGUUCACGCUUAUAUCGAAAUUCAACCGUAUGUGUGCGUGUGUGACUGUGUGCACUCAUAGAGUCUAAGAACACUGACUCUUAUUCCAACGACAAGAGAGUAAGAAUACUUCAGACGAUUGUUUAAUGUUAUUUCCCAAUGCUUCUAAUUUACUUCCUCGAGAGGAAAAAUAGCUAUCCGCGACGCACGGCUAUUUACUAUGGGACGGAAGAGGGAUCUUCCUAGUGUUCCGGCCUGAAUGAAUUUGGUAAGUGUUAUUGAAGCCUACGAAUACUGAGAACUGCAACUAACUGCUUACCAUCGAUGAACUUUGAACCAAGGAGGAAAGAGGGAGAAAAGCAAAAACAGAAACCUGACCUCGUUCUACUCCAAUUCGCUGGGCCACCGUUGAUAGCUGCUGACCUGAGACAAGUCACCAUACACGAGUGGAGUUACCACAGCGGAGAGCACACCCUCGGGAUCUGCUCUAGGUUAGCCUGUUGAAACGAACAGAAGCAUGCGAUCGCCUAUUAAGAGGUCCCCAUCCAUCGUCAGAAUGAUAUGAAUCUGAAGAAAAGCCAAAUAAACACCCAGGGCCCAGACUAUUCUUUCACGUGACGAUGGCGAGAACAAAAACAUGCCGACGGGGUCGAUAGACACUUUUAAAGAAUGUGGAACAUGAAAAGUUAAGGCGACAUAGCUGCAAAUUGACUCGAAUAAAAAUACUAAAUACGACAAUAAUAAUAAUAACAACAACAACAAUGAUAAUAAUAUUUAGCUACUAUUUAACGAAACGGAUGGCGCCAAUAAAUUACGAAGGAUUAUUCCA